AGAGAUCACUGUCUUUUCGUAUAGAAAUGUUCUUUUCGUAUCUUUUAAGUACAUCGUCACACGAUUUGAUGACGUAGUUCACAUAAUAAAGAAGAAUGGCCGAGUAUCUCGCAUCGAUUUUCGGAACAGAAAAAGACAAAGUAAACUGCUCCUUUUACUUCAAGAUCGGUGCAUGUCGUCACGGUGAAAGAUGUUCAAGACUACAUAAUAAACCUACUUUCAGUCAGACUGUGUUACUACAGAACUUGUAUUUAAACCCACAGAAUGCAGCACUUACAGCUGAUGGAUCUCACAUUACUAUGGAUGAGGUAGAGGCUCAGCAAGCUUUUGAUGACUUCUUUGAAGAAGUCUUCACUGAACUUGAGGACAAGUAUGGAGAGAUUGAGGAAAUGAAUGUGUGUGACAACAUGGGGGACCAUCUGGUGGGAAAUGUCUAUGUAAAGUUCCGCUAUGAGGAGGAUGCAGAGAAGGCAGUGAAUGACUUGAACAAUCGUUGGUUUAACGGGCGACCCAUACACUCCGAACUCUCUCCUGUAACAGAUUUCAGGGAAGCUUGCUGUAGACAGUAUGAGAUGGGAGAGUGUACCCGAGGUGGUUUCUGCAACUUCAUGCACUUGAAGCCUAUUUCAAGAGAAUUGAGAAGGGAACUUUAUGGAAGAUCUCGCCGAUCAAAAAGAAGGUCACGGUCUCCACCUACAAGACGCAGUCGCUCUCGUAGCCGUGAGAGGAAAAGGAGAUCUGGAAGCCGGGAAAGACGAAGGUCAAGGUCACGUGACAGACGUGGAAGAUUCUGAGAAAGAGAAAAGCGUCACUGCCCCACAUUUUUAUGGAAUAUUUUUGCAGCAUUUACAUUUGUAUAUAUCUAUCAUCAAACAAACAGUGUUGACUUUGUUAAGUCUUGUACAUAGUUUAAAACUUUAGACCAAGAAAUGCUGAAAAUAUGGUGUGUGAAAUGUAAUAGAUUUUUUAUCAAACUUUUUUCAUCUAAUAUGACUGUUUAUGUUUGUUCCAUCAAAAGUUGCGAGUUUAAUAAGCCAUAAGGAAGGAUGAACUCAAAGUAUGCACUUAAUUUAUAAACAAGUUUAUAUUAAGAUAACUGAGUAGAAAAUCAUGUUCUUUUUUCAUGGGCAUAUUUGCUCAUGAGAUUUUUUGUUACAUUAUGGUAAUGCUUGUAUGGAUGAAAAGAGUUAAAAUAAAGAUUGAUUGUAAAAUGCAA